AUCAUACGCUUCGCUCGAAGGACAACAUUACGUCACCUGGAAAGACGUUGAUUUUUGGAUUCGGGAUCAGCCUGCGGUUAACUCACGGAAGUUGAGUCUCCGUUGAAAACGCUUUUUUUUGUAAAACUUUUUGGAAACAUUUAGUUUAAACUUCUUUACCCUGUGUUGUUUUAACACACGCUAAACGAUGUCGUUUGUUCCAGGUCAACCAGUGACUGCUAUUGUGCAAAGAAUUGAGAUCCAGAAACUGCGGCAAGGAGAAAAUCUGAUCCUAGGCUUCAGCAUUGGAGGCGGUAUUGACCAAGACCCCGGGCAGAACCCGUUCUCUGAGGACAAGUCGGAUAAGGGUAUCUAUGUGACCAGGAUAACUCCAGGAGGACCGGCAGAAGUUGCAGGGUUGAAGAUGGGAGACAAAAUCAUGCAGGUGAACGGCUGGGAUAUGACCAUGGUGACUCACGACCAAGCUCGUAAAAAACUGACAAAGAGGAAGGAGGACGUUGUGAGGCUAUUAAUAACCAGAAAGUCCCUAGAAGAAACCGUUAAACAGUCUAUGGGAUGUCAUCCCAAACAGUGAUCCAAGGGUGUUAACUGUAGAGGCUAAUGCAAGGACGGCAAAGGAACGAACAUUUUAAUAAGCGCUAAACAUUUCCCAAAUGCUGUUUCACUGUGGCCUUUAAACACCAUCAAUGCAAAACAAGCUAACAGAGAGAAGUCAAACAUUUAGGGGACUUAUCUGAGGCUUGAAUAUAUCAAUAACUGCUAGAAAUGUAUUAGCUGUUCUUUUAAGGUUUGUUUGUAAUUUAGUGUAAUUUACAAACUGACAAACCUGAACAGCAGAUUAAAUGAAUCAUUCAGGUUUCACCAUAAGAAUGUAAUAUUUGAUCUACUGCAGCAUUGAUUUACAAGCUGUGUUGUGAGUGAGUGUAGAACAAAAUGACUUAUUGACUUUCAUUUUCAUAAAUUUGUCAAACUAACUUCUAAGCAUUUAGAAUCAGCAACUCUAAUAAAAAACAUGUUUCUCAGUUUGGCAGCAGUUUUCUGUUCAUCUAAAACAAAGAAUCAAACUUCUACUACAGUGGAUACCAAAGAUACUACCAAGCAUUGAAUUCAGUAUUUAAUGCAGAGUUUUUCCUACUUUUCCCUUCUAACAAAUGGUACAAUUUAUUUUAUAUAGUCUGUGCAUGAAUGACAACUUUCAGGGUUUCUAAUUAUUUACUCGCCUCUUUCUUUUGGUUAAAUUUCUGUUUCUGCUUAGAAGGACAGAAUAUCUAAAUCUAAGUAAAAUUAAUAAGAACUGAAUUUUGAAUAUUUUAUAUUUUUGGUUGAUACAAGGUUAAAAGUUUAAAAAAUAUAUAAUAUUUUAUAAAAUUGGCCUAGUACAGGUGUUUUUACAAUUAUUACUAAGCAGAAGCCAAAUUAUAGUUAUAUGUAUUAAUUUUAAAUUGCAUUAUUCUGG